GCUCCAAAAGCUCUCGCAAGUUAAAUUUCCAAGCAUUCAUAUCGGAACGCGCUUUAUUCGGAAUUAUACUUUUUCAAGAGUUUCAAGAACGGAGUGAAAAUGUGCCAAUUUUUAGAAUUCGGUUUUGUGAAAAUAGUGUUGGGGUCGUGAAUUUUAAAAGUUGUGUUGAUUAAAAGCCAAGAUGAAGCUUGGUAUGUGGGAAGUGGACCGGGACGCGUUGCGUAAGGAUGGUCUCGUUCUAUUUAGUAAAUUAAUUCGGACGAAGAACGUUGAUAACUUACAAGAAAGACAACCUCGGAGCGAUGAUACCAAACAAAAAUUAGCUAAAUGCCUUACAACGCUAGAUCUAACGUCUCUAGGCGUUGGAAGCUGUGUGGGGACAGGAAUGUAUUUAGUUGCGGGGAUGGUGGCUAAGAAUGUCGCUGGACCUGGUGUGGUUUUUAGUUUUAUCAUUGCAGCCGUUGCUAGCAUAUUUUCCGGGGCUUGCUAUGCAGAGUUUGGCGUACGAGUACCUCAUACGUCCGGCUCAGCUUAUAUGUAUUCCUACGUUACCGUGGGUGAGUUCAUAGCUUUUGUUAUCGGCUGGAAUAUGAUAUUGGAAUACCUGAUAGGUACAAGUGCGUGUGCUUGUGCUUUGAGUGCCUGUUUUGACGCCUUAGCCAAUGGCGCCAUUACUCAUGCUAUACAUGAGAGUAUUGGGAAAAAUUUGGGACGUGAUCCCGAUUUCCUCGCCUUCGUGAUAACUCUUCUAAUGAUGCUACUCUUAGCAGCGGGUGUUAAAAAAUCGUUAAUCUUUAACAACAUCCUGAACGUGAUCAACCUCGCAGUGUGGGUGUUCGUCAUGACAGCGGGACUUUUUUACGUCAACACCGACAAUUGGACCAAACACAAAGGAUUUCUUCCUAAGGGAUGGUCCGGAGUGUUCACCGGUGCAGCAACAUGUUUUUAUGCCUUUAUCGGCUUUGACAUUAUAGCCACUACAGGAGAAGAAGCAGCUACACCAAAAAAAUCUAUUCCAUUAGCUAUAGUUUCCAGUUUAGCUAUAAUUUUAAUAGCCUAUGUUACAAGUUCCAUGAUGAUAACUCUUAUAGUUCCGUAUACCGAAGUUGACGAAGAUUCGGCCCUUGUGGAAAUGUUUGGGCAAGUGGGGGCAUACAAAUGCAAAUAUAUAGUUGCUGUCGGAGCUCUCGCUGGCCUUACAGUGAGCAUGUUUGGUUCAAUGUUUCCGAUGCCUAGAAUAAUUUAUGCCAUGGCCCAAGAUGGAUUAAUAUUUAGGAUUUUUUCACAAGUUUGGCCAAGCACUGGAACUCCAGCGUUAGCUACAUUUGUGAGUGGCUUAACAGCAGCAAUAGCCGCACUAUUCAUACGGCUAGAAAUACUAGUAGAAAUGAUGUCGAUUGGUACACUUCUAGCUUACACCCUAGUCUCAACUUGCGUUUUAAUCCUUCGAUAUCAACCCCACUCCACAAAUCUUGUAGAAUUAUUACCACAAAGUUUACGUACACCAAUUCGAGGUUCUCCAACAAAAGAGGCAUUAGCAGAUAAUCCAGGCGGUCAAGUUUUGUACGGGAAUCAACUUCAUCCUGCUCAACUUAAGCAAGCAAUCGAUGCCUCGCUGGGACCACCGAUACCUUCGCCGUCACCUUCACCUCUACCCUCACAAACGACUCAAAGGGUGAUGGUUCGGAGGGUUACUAGAAGCUCUCCAGAUAGCGAUGACACAUUUGGUGGCGAUGAGCCAGAGGAGGAUUUUUCUGGACGAGAUGAUCAAUUUUUAGUAUCUGAUAGAACAGAAAAUAAGUUUUAUGGUACUGUCCAUGGGGGAGGAAGUGCUACUAGUACUGGAGGAGUUGUAGGCGCAACGGUAGGGCCUAGCUUAGGAUACAUAGGCCGAAGGCUCCAAGCAGCUACGUAUCUCUGUCCAGCAAUUUUUCCAUGGGUGGAUACCGGUCCAGCAACCGAGGAGUCAGGGAUGUUCGUAAUGAAGAUGGUUGGGAAUUUAUAUAUUUUAAUAAUAAUAUUCGAUCUUAUCGUUGUUUGUGGAAUGGAUAAUAUGAAUACAGCUACAUCAAUUUUUCUGUGGUUGUUCUUCCUAGCAAUUGUUGCAAUAUGUUUAAUGAUCUCUCGGAAACCACAAAAUAGAAACACAUUAAUGUUCAUGACUCCAGGCCUUCCGUUCAUUCCUGUAGUAGCGAUAACAGUAAAUAUUUAUCUGAUAAUGAAGCUGUCCAUACUAACCUUAGUUAGAUUUACGACGUGGAUGACUUUAGGUUUUAUUAUGUACUUUUACUAUGGAAUUAAAAAUAGCACUUUAGAAGAAGGACCAGAUACUGACCAAAAUAUUGAGCUGACCGUGACAGAUCAUGAAAAACCGAAAUAUAAUAGUAACACACCGUACGGCGGAGAUCACAAUAUAUUUAGGCUCAAAGACGACCCCCAUUGGCUUUCUAUGUUCCAAUUUUAUAUUAGAAACUAAUAAUAAAAGCCACCUCCAAGGAUGUAAGAGAUGCCCAAAGAUGUAUUUUUUUACCAGUUUCAAGAUUUUUCAAAUCAAGACCAAACGCGAUCUUCAGAUUCAAGAAAAAGUCGUUAACAGUUUGUUCCAUAUAGUAUGAUAAAAUUCUUCAGAAGUUCUAGAGUCUAGCGAAAUAAUGAAUUAUUUCCAAAUUGGUUACCACACCACUGGUUAAAAUCGUGAGGUCAAAAUAGUGGAAAGUACUCAAAAAAGAGUAUGCCACAAGAACAAAAUAAAGGCGAGAGGUUGAUAAAAACCAGCUUAUCAGGUGGAUUUUUGUAUUCAAGGACAAGUAUGACUUAAAUCACAACUUUAAUAUUUUUCAAGCCUGAAGAAAUAUAUAUUUUUUACGUACAUAAAUUAACCUUGGUGUUAAAUUUCGAAAUAAAACAGUUUGUAUCCCUUAAUUAAACUAUAUUGUUACUCUACUAAAUAGAUAAAUUAUUAAAUUAAAUGACUAUUAUUCAGACUAUUUUUGUAAAGGCAAUAAUCUAUUAAAAGUGAUGUAUAAAGAAGUAAGAUAUAAUUGAACAAAGGGACCAGGGGAUGGACCUAUAUUUAUCAAAGAUAUUGUCUUUAUAACAAUAAUUUGUUUAAUACUGUCUCAUUUUUAAGAGAAGUAGUGCACACAAGGAAAAUUAUCUAUAAAUUCCUACAAAGAAUAUAUAAAAAUUAUUUAUUUUAAAUUUUUACACAUACCUGUGAGUGCACUACUAGUUGAAUACAAAUACCUCUAGCUUUACACAUUGGCUUCAACAUUUGUCCCAACACUUGCGCCUAACCCACCAUAUAGUUUACGUGGCUUUUUCCAAAUUAAAAAAAUAUUGAUAUAGAAUGAAUAUUUUAAAACUUCAUACUUCGAACAGGUCUAACCUAAACAUCGUUACUUUGCUUUGCCAGCUGUACUAAAAUUACGUAUGUAACAUAUAGUUCCAUAUCAAAUAAAACUACUAAUCAUAUCAAAUUUUAGUACCAAUACUAGAACUAUGUGUGUUGCUAGGGGUAUAAAUCUUCUAUCCUGUAAUACCUAAAGCAGCACAAGUUAAGAUAUUAUCUAAAGUAAUAUAAAUACAGAUCCAAACUUUGUAUAUUCAUUAAUUAUAGUGACAUCUUGGUGUUUUUCUUCCAGUUUAAAUAUAGAUAUAAGUUUUAGAUAUUCUAAUGUUAAGAAUAUCCAUGGAAAUAAAUGAUUUCAGCAUA